AUGUGUCCUUCUCUUCUCAAUUCUCCUCUUUCUCCCUCCCUCUCUUCUCCAGGUAAUGGUUCAUAUACAUUCAGUACCUCAUCACUCCCUCCUGGUUAUUAUACAUUCAGAUUAGAGGCUCAUGAUCAAUAUGGCUACACAUACUCCAUUGUAUCAGUAUUCACUGUUCAACCAAUUGAUAGAAUAUGUUGUCCUGUGAUAUUAUGGGGCAAUGCAAAUGUAUCAAACUCUACCAGUGCAUCUAGUACCAGCACUCAAUCAUCAUCUAACGGAGUUAGAACGGUGAGAUUCAGUACUGAUAUCAGCACUGGGAACUGUUCAUUAACGGAAGGAUUUAGUUAUACUAUGUCAUGGAGUUCCCAGACAGUUCAAUCAGGAUCAGUCCCUCUACACCACACAUCAAUGAACUUCUCAAUGCCAUUCACUGGCAGAGGAAACCACACAAUCUCAUUUAGUUAUUGUAACAAUCCGACCACACGAUCAAACGUUUGCUGCGAUAAGCUCUCUCUUACUCUCUCUCUCUCCUAAUCUUUCUGAUCAUGUUCACUUAUGUGGGCGUGUUUUUGUACGAUAUUACAUCAUAAUGACAUCAUGAGAAUUAUCAUUAAUUU